AUGCUUCCUCUCCAGUCGAUAGAGGGGUCAACUCCUCACGGAGCCUCCGGAGCUGGCGAGAAUGGAGAGACCCGGCAGCAGAAGCCCAAGACUUUGCCGUGCAAGUAUUGCAGCAAGCGCUUUAGGCGUGUGGAGCAUGUCCAAAGGCACGAAAGGACACACACCAAGGAGAAGCCCUUUGCCUGCGGUUGGGCUCGCUGUGGGAAAACGUUCGGACGACGUGAUCUACUUGUCCGCCAUGAGAAGCUCGUUCAUCUCAACGAGGGCAACAAGGAGCAUAACCGCCCACGGAAGACUUCAUCUAGCACCAACCACCCCCCGUCUUCCGCUGACAGCCAUGUUGAACACGAGAUGCUGGGCGUCCAACGCCCUCCUCAACCGCAGUAUCACCAGGAGUCGAUAACAGCCGCUGUGACGUCUUCAAUGGCCCCGGAUCAUCGCAUGCCAGGGCCUACCCGUGCUGCGGCCUGUAACCUUGACUUGCUCUCUGAUGCGGCUCUGGCCAGCGAAGUCAACCCUAUGCAGCAACCCAUGAUGGCGGAUAUGGGCCGACCACCUUCGGAACAUGCGAGAAUAAAGUCCUACGACGAGCAGAUGGGGUACUCUGAAAGGCCACGGGAGGACCCAUCCGUCCUGGCGCCUGGGUUUGCUCCACAGCCGCCAGUUGCGCCGUAUGACGACUAUCAUAUUUUUCUCGACGACUUGGGAACCUCUUCUUACCUGCCUCCUCCGUUUGAGUCCGAUCAGCAGAUGGGCAGCUUAUGGCCACGAUCCGGUGAUAUCCACCAACGUGGACCAUCAAAACCUUCUUCACAGUUCCCCUCUCGUUUCCCCUCAGUUCAGCCAGAUGGUCGAGAGAUUAUGGAAGGUGGUCCACGGAAUCAUGAGGAAUCGAUGAGAGCACCACUUCGAAUCUCUGCUGCUGACCAUACCAUUAUCAAGAACAGACUUGAGGAGUUCUCCUCUGUGAUACCUAACGACUUUGUCUUCCCAUCCCGCCAUACGCUCACACGCUUCUUGGAGGGCUACAUUGGCGGAUUCCACGAAUACCUCCCCUUCCUCCAUAUCCCGACCUUGACGCCUGCCGAGAUGGCCCCCGAGCUUCUCCUCGCCAUUUUGGCUGUUGGCGCGCAAUAUCGAUUCGAAAGCCACCGAGGCCAUGCACUGUGGUAUGCCGCAAAAGCCGUAGCAUUGGAGCAGAUACGCCGACGGCAUAGUCACGAAGUGCACGCUCUGCUCCCGACCCCGGCUGCGUACAGCCCGCACUCAACUCGACCUUCCCCCAGCUCUGGAUUUAGACAUACCUUUGCCUCGGCGCAGCAGGACCGCCCCAUGACCCAGGACACACAUCGUGAGCCAUUCUCUCCGAACACACCACAGGCACGCUUGGAAACGAUUCAAGCUGUCCUUUUGCUUUUCGCUGUCGGCCUUUGGGGGGCAAAAGCAAUCCUGCACGAAGCCCUUUCUCUCCAGAGCCAUCUUGCUAUGUUGGUCCGCGAGGAGGGUUUGACUGCUGAGACCAGCCCUGCCGUCGCGCCCGACUGGGAGACAUGGAUCCGAUUAGAGGGUGCCACUCGUACGAAACUCAUCGCUUACUGCUUCUUUAAUCUCUGCAGCAUAGCCUACAAUAUGCCGCCGCUCAUUCUUACCUCUGAACUCAACCUCUUCCUUCCCUAUCCGUCCCGGAUGUGGAGGGCAGAAUCAGCAUGGCAGUGGCAGGAAGUUAGGCAAGCGUACCCGUCCGUAGAGAUCACCGUACACGACGCCUUCGCCAGGCUAUUUGGCCGAUCGCCCCAGGGGCUGCCUCCGCACAUGUCGUCUCUGGGUAAUUACGUUCUGAUACACGCUCUCCUCCAGCACGUCUACCUGCUGAAGCAAACCUCGCUGGCACUCAGCUCGCCGUUCGAACCACAGAGAGGCCUCAAGCCCGAAGACGUUGAGGAAGUUACCCAGGCAUUACGAGUAUGGCAGGCGAGCUUCGAACACAGGCAUCAACUGCGCGCGGCCGAAUCAGGGCACGUUGGUAGCAGCGACUCAUUCCAAGGCGGCCCGGUUGCGUUCAACUCCACAGCUCUUCUCCGGCUCGCCUACAUGCGUCUUUACACGGAGAUACCACCAGGAAGGUCCCUUGAAACCCGGGAUCAUAUGCUGGUGGCCUCGUCUCUUAGUAACAUGCCCCUCUUGGUUCGGACACUACGGUUACACAGAGCGGUGUUCCAAGCAAUCCAUGCCCUCUCAAUGCUCGUCAAAGCAGGAGUUAACUACGUCGCGAGGACCAAGUCUUUGGAGUGGAGCAUUCAGCAUUCCCUGUGUAACUUCGAAUGCGCCAUUCUUUUGUCCAAGUGGCUCCUCACCCUCGCCUCGAUCGGACCGAAUGACCCCCCUGCGACACCCGAAGAGAAGAACUUGCUGCAGUCGGUCAGGAGGAUGCUCGACGAAACAGAAUUUGCUGUUCCUAUCGACCCUUCUCUGGGUGGACCCGCAGCCGGCCAUCCGGCGAGCACAGAAAUAGCUGCGAACGACAGCACACGACUUAGACAGCUGGCGGCGGCAGUCAUCCGACUCUGGGCGGAGACCUUCAAGGGGUCGCACAUUUUUGAGAUGGUGCGAGUAAUGGGGUCAAGCCUGGACGGAUACGCCGACCUGGUCGAGAAGCCCCGCGACAGGACACCACUUGGGAGGAUCGCACAUGAUCCCAAUCUUGCGUGA